AUGCCACUUUUCGGCAGCUCUUGUGACUAUUCCAAGCUGAAAUCUAACCUGCGCUUGUGUUGCAACCGCAUGGGGCUGUUGCAAAAGAAGAAAACGGAGCUUGGUCUAAAAGCCCGCAAAGAAAUUGCGGAGUUAUUGAGGGUCCAUAAAAUUGAACGCAGUCGCAUCAAAACAGAACAGAUUGUUCGUGAGGAUUAUGUAAUUGAAGUUAUGGAGAUAUUGCAAACGUACUGCGAUCUCUUGCUUACACGGUUCGGCAUAUUUGAGGCCUCCAGAGAAGUAGAUGCCGGCUUAGAGGAGGCGAUCGCUACCCUGAUAUGGUGUUGUCCUAGACUGUCCGCUGAAGUAAACGAACUAAAUGUCAUCAAACAAUUGUUCGCCACAAAGUAUUCAAAAGAAUAUGUUGCCGCAUGUGCAGAAAACCGACUAAAGAAAGUUAAUCCCACAGUGAUGAAGAAGUUGGAUUUGCUAGCACCGUCUCCCGCCCUCAUUGAAAUGUACAUGAUGGAGAUAGCCAAGACUUAUGAUGUGGACUACGAACCGACUAUGGAGUUUCUUAAUCCAAACAUAGGGCAUGGUGCUGACGGAGGUGGGAAUAUAGAACAGCAGCUGAUCAACUUCGAACCUGAAUCUGCCGGUGGAUUGCCCAAGUUACCUGAUGGUUAUUGCCCUCCAGAGCAACGCUGGAUGCACACGCCCGAGUCUGGUCCAGGCGCCCCGUAUCCCAGUUCGAAUCCGUUCCCCGUGCCUGAUGAGAAUCCACCACCCAUUCCAUCAGAUCCACCGGUUGCUACUGGCCCCGUUGGUUACUAUGGUUACAAUCAGGUUUCGCCGCCAUCCUACGACUCUGCUGUGUUUCCUGAUAAGAGAGAUAGUGAAGCAUGUGGGAACUCGGGAUUUGACGAGCCACGAAUACCUCCGGCCGCUUCUGUGCCAACUUCCCAGGACAAUGAUUUUCCUUGUCCUCCAGAAGACGUUCCACCAGGUCACAAUGUGGAAGGAGCGGGGCGUGGCAAUCUUUCAUCUGACGAUCAGGACUUCGAUGAACUUCAGCGUCGUUUCCACGCGUUGACCAAUCCCAAAUGA